CGAUGGGAGGGGUGGAGGUUGAACUUGGCAGGCGACGCCUCCUCUCUUGCGGCUGCUGCUGCCGCUGCCGCCGCUGCGGCUCCGGCUCGACUAGGGUGGGGGACUGGAGAGAGUGAGGGUGGGUUUUGCUUUGCAACUUCUCAUAGCGCAAGAAAGGGGGGGGGGGGAGCGGCGGCUGCAGACUUUGCUGCACAGACGAUGCGUGGGUGGGGGGAACCUUCCUGCAUGCAACUCCCUCGGGGCCAAAUGUACGUAUGCUAUCCCCCCCCUAAUGUUCGCCCGAGGGCGUGUCUGACGGUCAAGUCUGAGAGAUAGACUAGUACGCUGCACCGCGCCCCCUUCCUUGCCUCCUCCUUCCCCAACCCUUAUGUGUGCCUUGGGGGCUGCUCGCUGCCACCCCUACCCCUCUCCUCCACCGCGGUCCAGAACUGUAUUCCUUUUCAGGCGUCUUUUCCUAAGACACCUAAAGUAUCUCGUGCUGGCCGUGGCCGGACCACCUCUGCCUAGUUGUCCCCUGGAGAAAGCCGUCCCCCUGCCCGGCCCCGUGUCCCAGACUUGUGGACUUUGUGCACUAGGCACUCUCCCCCACCCUCCGCCCCCCGCCAGCCCAGUUCCCUCCUUGAGGACUGCGGGCCUCGCCGGUCCUCUGUCACAUGCAUCACCCACCGGGUAUUCUUCGUCAUCCCCGUCAUUAGAAUUGAUCUUCUAAGUCAGCUCAGCCUGGAGAAAUGGAGUGGGGUGGGGGUGGGAAGGAAAGGAGAAAAAGAAACUACACAAACUAAGCUUCUCUGCUUCUUCUCUCUCCAAAGAAAGACCAGCUGGUAUUAACUAAUGGACACAAAAGAAUCGUUAAGUCCCUCGUGUGGAGAAGAAACCACCAAGAGUAUACAUGGUCGGAGCAGAGGAAAUGUAAUGGACUUUUAUAAAACGAUAAGGGGUGGAGCUGCUGUGAAAAUUCCUGUAUCUUCACCGUCACUGGCUGCUGCUUCUCAGUCAGACUCUAAGCAACAGCAACAGCAGCAGCAGCCUAUUUUGGGUGACUUUUCUAAAGGCACAGCAGGCAGCGCACAGCAGCCAGAUCUAUCUAAAGCAGUCUCACUAUCAAUGGGACUCUAUAUGGGUGACACAGAUUCAAAAGUAAUGGGAAAUGAUCUGGUAUUCCCUCAACAGGGCCAAAUUGGUGUUUCUUCUGGUGAAACAGAUUUUAGGCUUCUUGAAGAGAGCAUCGCAAGCCUCAAUAAGUCAGCCAGGGUGCCUCAAAGCCCCAAGAGUUCAACAUCUUCUGCCACAGACAAUGAAUUUCCAACAAAAUCUAAUUGUGAUAAAGCUUUAGAAAAGCCGACUUUUAAAAAGGGCUCGGCUGGCACUAAAGAUGGCAAUGCAAAAUUGUAUACUGAAGACCAAAGUACCUUUGACAUUUUGCAGGAUUUGGAAUUGUCUGCUGGGUCUCCAGGUAAAGAGACAAAUGAAAGUCCUUGGAGAUUAGACCCCUUGUUAGAUGAAAACUGUUUGCUUUCUCCUUUGGCAACAGAUGAUCCAUUUCUAUUAGAAGGUAAUGCAGAUGAAGACUGCAAGCCUCUUAUUUUGCCGGACACUAAGCCUAAAAUUACUGAGCAGGGGGGCCUAAUUUUACCCAGUUCUAAUAUGCCAUUACCUCAAGUGAAAACAGAAAAGGAAGAUUUUAUUGAACUUUGUACUCCUGGCGUAAUUAAACAGGAGAAACUGGGCCCAGUUUACUGUCAAGGAAGUUUUUCUGGGGCAAAUAUAAUUGGUAACAAGAUGUCUGCCAUUUCUGUUCAUGGUGUGAGUACCUCUGGGGGACAGAUGUACCAUUACGACUUGAAUACUGCAUCCCUUUCUCAGCAGCAAGAUCACAAGCCUGUGUUUAAUGUCAUUCCACCCAUUCCUGUUGGUUCAGAAAAUUGGAAUAGGUGCCAGGGAUCUGGAGAUGACAACUUGACUUCCUUGGGAACUCUGAAUUUCACCAGUCGAUCUGUUUUUUCAAAUGGAUUUUCGAGCCCUGGAAUGAGACCAGAUGUAAGCUCUUCUCCAUCCAGUUCCUCCACGACAACGGGACCACCCCCCAAGCUCUGCCUUGUUUGCUCAGAUGAGGCUUCAGGAUGUCAUUAUGGAGUUCUAACUUGUGGAAGUUGUAAAGUCUUCUUCAAAAGAGCAGUGGAAGGGCAGCACAAUUAUCUUUGUGCUGGAAGAAAUGAUUGUAUCAUUGAUAAAAUUCGAAGAAAAAACUGCCCAGCAUGUCGUUACCGAAAAUGUCUCCAAGCUGGAAUGAACCUAGAAGCUCGAAAGACAAAGAAGAAAAUUAAAGGAAUUCAGCAAACCAAUCCAGCAGCAACAAGAGAGACUUCUGAAAGUCCUGUCAACAAAACUAUGGUUCCUGCAUCACUGCCACAGCUUACCCCAACUCUGGUGUCACUCCUGGAGGUCAUUGAGCCAGAGGUGUUAUAUUCAGGAUACGACAGUACAAUGCCUGAUACCACUUGGAGGAUCAUGUCAACGCUUAACAUGUUAGGAGGGCGGCAAGUGAUUGCAGCUGUGAAAUGGGCAAAGGCAAUUCCAGGUUUUAGAAAUUUGCACCUGGAUGACCAAAUGACCCUGCUGCAAUACUCCUGGAUGUUCCUGAUGUCAUUUGCACUAGGAUGGAGAUCAUACAAGCAAUCAAGUGGAAACCUGCUGUGUUUUGCUCCUGACCUGGUCAUGAAUGAGCAGAGGAUGAAUUUACCAUGCAUGUAUGACCAAUGUAAACAUAUGCUACUUGUGUCCAGUGAAUUACAACGACUUCAGGUUUCUUAUGAAGAAUAUCUCUGCAUGAAAACCUUAUUACUUCUCUCUUCAGUUCCCAAGGAAGGCUUGAAAAGCCAGUCCCUCUUUGAUGAGAUCAGAAUGACUUACAUCAAGGAGCUGGGGAAAGCCAUAGUCAAGAGAGAAGGAAACUCAAGUCAAAACUGGCAGCGAUUCUAUCAGCUGACUAAACUUCUGGACUCUAUGCAUGAGAUAGUUGAAAGCCUUCUGAACUAUUGCUUCCAAACAUUUUUGGACAAGACCAUGAGCAUUGAAUUCCCAGAGAUGUUAGCUGAAAUCAUCAGCAAUCAGAUACCAAAAUACUCAAAUGGAAAUAUCAAAAAAUUGCUCUUUCAUCAGAAGUGACUGCCUUAAUACAAAAGGUUGCCUUAAAGAAAAGUCAGAUUUAUAGCUUUCGUCAUAGACUCUCAGACUGGUUCAUUUCUGUCCUCGUGGCGGCGUUCCUUCUGCAAUUAUGCACUACAUGUGGUUUCUAGAGGGCCAAGACUUGGACAUGAACACAGUUGCUUUGAAGCAACAGGUGCAGUAGGGAGAAAGGAAGUGAAAUACGUUGUUUUGUACAUCCUGGAAAUCAGACAUGUCAUCCUGGGGAAAGAGCUUCCCAGUAGAUAGAGGAUGGCACCCCAACUCCUGCUGCCAGGAAUCUGCAUCAUGAACAUUCUACAAGUGAUUUUCCACAACUGGUUGGAUAAAUGUUUUCUAGGACUUUUUGGUCGUGUUUUUCUUUUCUUUUUUUUUUUCUUCCCUUCUCCCCCUGUAUAGUUAAGAUCGCUUUUGAUUUAUGCAUGGUAACCCGAAAAAAAGUUUACAAAUGUAUGCCAGAAAAGGGAAGUUGUGCCUUUUAUAUAGCUAUUACUGUCUGGUUUUAGCAAUUUCCUUUACCUUUAUAUCCAGUGAACUAGGCCUGCCCAUUUUUCUUACAUCAUUUUUGUAUUCGAGUUGCCUGUUGUACAGCUGUCUGUUUCAGGUGGGCGCCCGGUUCACAGCUUUCCUAAAUAAACGCUAACCAUUAUUCUUCUUCUGUGUGAAAAUGGGUUGGUGCUUCUACCCCGAGAGCUUUUGGCUCUCAGGAGACCACAAACAAAAUUUUCUCAACCUCAAGGAUCUUUACCAAUUAUUACCCUACUGCUUUAUAAGAUAUAUCUACACAUCUGCAUAGCAAAUAGACACAGUCCCACUUGGUAACUGGUACAUGUCACCCAGUCUGGUGGCCUGCUCAAUAAGCUAUUGAUAAGCUAUGUUAACUAGAGAAUAAUUUCUAGAAAUGGCCUAAUCACACUGUUAUGGUAUAGUAAAAAACACAGGAGCAAAAUUCUGAAUGUGAAUUCUAAUUCCUGCCAGCUGUGACAUUCUCCAGUCCUCUCUUCUCAUCAGGGCUUUAUAGAAUAAGAGUCCACAGAAAGAUGGCAAGGAAAAAAUGUACGGAAUCUCAUUUGGGGGGACCCUAUUAUUAAAAAGAGAGAGAGAGACAGAGAGAGAGAGAGAGAGAGAGAGACCUUCACAGUUUUAAAAUAACCCAGGGAACUUUUUAGUCCUACCUGGUCAUUCUCUGUCUGUUCUUAAAAAUCAGUACUGGCCCACCCUGAAUUUUACCAAAACAAGAAAGCCAACUUUAUCCUGUUUUUAAAAGGCUCUGUUCAUUGAACCACAAAAUCAAAACAAAUAAACAAAAAAUGUGGCUGGACACCCAUUUUCACAUUCCCAUCUCGCAUCAAUUGGUUCCUGUCUCCUGGGGUACAGGAGACCUUUAGCUAUGAAUUUUUGUGAUUUCCAAUCGUGUUGUCAGACUUUUGUGUUUGUGAGGCUUACACAUCUCUUCCUCUCCACUUUCUUGUGUGCCAUAAACUUGACAGGGGUCUUGUGAAUCUCUCCUCCUCACUAUGGGUGAUCAUUUUAGAAGAUUUAGAAGCUGUAGUAGCCCUUUCUGUGUGCACCUUACCGACUUUCUGUAAGCUCAAAACUUAACCUAUUUGCUGAGCCGCGACAGGAAUUGAUUUUUAUUCAGUGGCCAAAUUAUUUGUGUAAUAGAAACUAAAAAAAAUCUAAUAUUAAAAAUAUGAAACUUCUAAUAUAUUUUUAUAUUUAGUUCUACUUUCAGAUAUACGUAUAUAUAUAAAUAUAUAUAUAUCAUAUUGGUAUUCACUAAUCCAGGAAGGGAAGGGCUACUGCAGCUUUACAUGCAAUUUAUUCAAGUGAUUGUAAAAUAGCUUGUAUAGUGUAUAAUAAGAAUGAAUUUUUAGAUGACAGAUUGUUUUAUCAUGACAUGUUCUAUAUUUUUCAUAGGGUUCAGAGAAAUGCAGAAAGGUAAUCUAAACGAUUUAUAGUUUGUGUGUGAGUGUUCAUUUAGUUGGCACAGGUCCCCAGGAAGUUGUCCAUAGAUGAGAAGAGAGGGACUGAGGAGGCAAUCCUACAUGUGGCCAUUUUGCAGGUCAUGUCCUAUCAACUUGUGAACAGAAUCAUCCCAACAUCUGGAAUUCCAACCAUCUUUCUUGUCCAGACAGUGAGUCUGUUUUCCCUACAGGCUGGUUUGAACUGCUCGGGGAAAAAGAAUGGGAACGAAGGAAGAAAGAAAGAAAAAGAGAAGGAAGAAAGACAGACACAAACCAGGGGGAAUAACAUGUGGGCGCUGGCCAAUAGCAGGGUUACUUUCACAUACAGCCUCUCAUACAGCUUAGCAAAAACAGUGGCUUCAGGAGCUUGGCAAUAAUAAUGCACACAGGUACCAGCAAUAUGUAUAUAUAUACUGCAGAACAUCACAGUUUUCACUCACAAUACACUAAUUCCUUUCUGUCCUAUGGCAAGGUUUCACUUCCCAUUCAAGUGAGGUAGUGAGACUUUUCUUGGAUUGCUUUUCAAAUGCUACAAGCUUCAGUAUUUGAUAUGCUUUUUGCUUUUUUUUUUAAUGGAAUAAUUGCUUGCUUUUUUUUUUCAAAUGCACAAUAAAAGGGAAUAUUUUUUUUCCUGGUGGCCAGGAUCCAAGUGUUACUGUAAAAUAUUUUUCAUCUAGCUGGAGGGGAAAUUUUGCAGUGCCUCAAAUAUUGUUUUAAGAUCACAAUAAGUUUAGGUUUCAAAACGUGUUCCAAGAAAAGAAAGUUCUACUCAAAGAAUGUGGUCAAUACCAGUUUUCUCCCAAGUUUGAGAAAUAGCGUGUCCUGAUGGUCUGCUGGGGGAAGAUCCUCUUGGCAGUUGUGAGAUUACCAUGAAGCCAUUCACUGGGGAAAGAAUGGCACCCAUCCUUUGGUGAUGAACAUAAAUGCAAAUGGAAUGCAAUUUUAACUAGGUCAAUGUGCAUGGGCUGCAACUGUGGAUUUUGGACAAAAGUUAGACCAGAUGCUACUUGCAGGCAGCCUUCAUCCUCCCAUUAAUAUUUCAUUAUUCACACGGAUUUCUGUUGAUAUUCCCUUUACUGUGAGUUAUAAGGCAUGUGUGUUCAUACAGGAAGCUACACCAUUAAAAAUGCUUCCGGUUAAAGUUCAAAAAUGAGACCCUUCUUUGGUGAAUUUAUGAUGUGAUAUGGGGGUACCACAGGGAUAGACUGAGGUGAUUAGGAAACAAAAUCUUACGCCCUCCUGGUAUCUGCUAUUCUCUUCCAUCUUAGCAGGGGAGAUGAAAGGGAACCAGCUCUCAACCAGUCUCCCCCCAUGCAGAAGUAGGAGAGGGAAUCUAUGGUAUCCACCUUCUCUUCCUUGUAACAUCGUUCACCUCCCUUUGAAGCCAAGCCCCAAAGGAACCCCUGAACCCAAAGGGAAGAUGAGCCGGCAUUUGGUUUAUGACAAUGGAAAUGGCAUAGAAAGAGAUUCCCAGAAUGGCUUCUAACCUUGCUUUAAAGUAGAACAAAAAAGAGCCCUCUCACCUGCAGUGAGGCAGUACUCAACUGUCCCUAAUCCACAGGUUUCAGAUUGCCUUCUGAAAGACUUGUCUCGAUGCUCCAAAGAACAUAAGACACUAGCGUCCAUGGGUCCCUUUGCUUUGAGAAAGGGAUGGGAUCUCGCUGAGUCACACAGAAAGGUCGUAGGUAUUAAUCAUCAUAUGUAUUUCAUUAGCCUGUUUCCAGCAUAGGGACAGGGGAGGGGAAGGAGAGAAAUACAAGGAGAAUGCAUUUAAACAGUAUUUUAAAUGGCACAACUGUCAUCCAAAACCAGUCAUGUAUUCCAGGUCUCGGUACAUCACUGUCUGUCGAUGUGCUGAGACGAGAGCCUCAUUUUUAGGAAAGGAAUCGAGUCUCUUUCAAAGAAGGAUUUUGCUUUCUGAUGAAAGGCUGUGUGUAUGAAAAUAGCCCCCUUAGGUAUUUUACCUUGCUUAACUACAUAUAGAUUCAAGUGUGUCGAUAUUCUAUUUUGUAUAUUAAACAAAACUUAUGUAAUGGGGACAGAUCUAUAUUAUACUGUGUAUGGCAUUAUUAAAAAGCUUUUUCAUUAUUUUUUAUCACAGUAAUUUUAAAAAGUGUAAAAAUAAUUAAAACCAGUGACUCCUGUUUAAAAAAAUAUAUAAAAGUUGUAGUUUUUUAUCCAUGCUGAAUAAUUCUGUAGUAAAGGAAGAAUAAUUCUGUAGUAAAAACGUGUCUUUUUCACCCACUCAGUGCAACAGUGGACUGUAAAAUCUAGUGUGGAAAUGUUUAACUUCUACUUUUCGUUUUAAUUCGCCGUCCCAAUAAUAUCACCCCACACGUUUGUACAGAAUUGGCAGUAAAUGGUAGUCAUUUACAGCUAUGUCAAAUCAUGGCCAGAAAUCAUAAUAAAAACCUGCUUUUUCCAUCAA